UUGUUUUCAGCACUAGUUGGACUCCUUCUGGUCACUCGAGCAGAUGGAUUUGAAUCAUGUCCCCAAGGCUUCUGGGGCUCAGACUGCGACAAGACCUGUCCAGCCAACUGUGACGAGGAAGGAUCAACCAAGCAAGUGUACUGUGACAAAGAUACUGGUAACUGUGCUGAAGGCUGUAAAGCAGGAUACUACAAGCCACACUGUGAUGUACAAUGCAAGGACUGCCAAAGUGGGAGAUGUGUUCAGGUCGAUGGCGCCUGUUUGUCAGGAGGAACCGCCAUGGUUCUUCACCCGAACACAUUUCUCAUACUGCUGAGUAUGCUAAUUCCAAUCAGCAGGAACAGAAUCGCAGUGAUAACGUUGACCCUACCAUAUCUAGUCGCGUAUGCUGAUGCCUGUGGCUGCACCUAUUAUAAAGACCUGCAGUGUGACCCUUCUGGAAAUUGUCUGCAUGGAUGUACUGAUCCCCACAACUACGGCCCCAAAUGUCAAUAUGAGUGCCCAAAUAACUGCAUCAAACUCCAGUGUACCAUAGCUUCAAAUGGACAACCUAAAUGUACAGCAGGAUGCAAGGACGGAUUUGGGGGGACACAGUGCAACAUACCCUGUAACAAGAGAUGUAAAAGAUGUAACGGACCUGAAACCUGCCUGUCCUGCAAUUCCCAUUACUUUGGACGUGAUUGUCACUCAGAUUGCACUGAGACAUGCCAUGGAAUGGCUUGCAAUCAUGACGGAAGUUGCAGGAGUGACACGUGUGCUGACGGGUGGUAUGGCCCGGACUGCACCAUGGAGUGUUCCGCCACAUGUAAAACCUGUGAGAAAGUCAUGGGAACGUGCACCAGAUGCGAUGUUGGGUGGUAUGGACAUGACUGUGCAGAAUGUCCCCCUCUACCAGAUGACACAAACUUCUGUUCAACGCUGCGUGACACAGACAUUUGUCCAGUUUGCGCCUUUAAAUACUAUGUAAAUCAAGAUACUUGUGGUGGCCCAACCAGGUGGAAUCUAAUCACAAGCGUCGGGCUUCUUUGCCUUUCAACAUUCACGGUUCUGGUAAGUCAAGUACAGGCCAACACAUGCAGCAGUGUCCAGGGGUCGAGUUGUAGCAAUUCGGCAAAAUGAUCGACCCUACGUCAAUUUCACAAGUCGAAGUCUGCCCUUCAGUUAUACCUCUUAACAUUGAAUUAAUAUGAAACAUAUAUUUCACCGAUUUGGCUGU